AUGGGCAGCAAGGAAGACCGUCGAGCUCAAGAGGACGCGUCCGUCGCAGCUCCUCGAAAUGCCGGUCUGCCUUCUCGGCCAGAGGGAGAGCCACUUUCGGUGUCCGACCUCGCUGCGAUGUCCCACCUUUCGGCCAUGUCCAGUCUGUCCCCAAUGAUGGGGUCGAUGAACCAGCGAGGAAGCGGACGAGGUCGAGGGGGUCGAGGUGGCUACCGCAACAACUUUCGCGGUACAGGUAUCCAGACUCAGGGAGGCCUCCACUCAACGGGCUCCUCCUAUGGCUACUCGCAGCCUCGUCAGCACUAUGGCGGUAAACCUGCUACCCAAGACGCUAGACAAGAUGAUCGGCAAUUGUAUGCAUCGCAGCAGCAGCAGAUGGGUCGAGGUGGUGCUAGAGGUGGCUUUUGUUUCGGUCAGCAGCCUUCUGGUCGCAAGCCUCGCGGAGGAGGACGUUCGCGCGGUACGUCUUUGUCCCGACCUAGAGAUCAUCCGGCUCGCCCUUCGCUCGAUCAGCCGGCUCAGGGUCUGUUCAGCCGCGUCGCCACAAUCGAUGCUGAUGCUGCCGCUGCGGAGGCUCACUCGGUCUGGGACACCCAAGUCGAAACCGCCGCCACUAUGCCGCAGCAGCAUGUCGAGGAUGCUCCGGCCCAGACUCCUGUUCCUCACAACGUUGUUCUGCCUUCCGUCGAGGAUCACACCAACAUUGAGGCGAGCAUUGAUGCCGCUGUUGAUGCUGUGGAGCAGCGCCGCGAGUCGGAGACCAGCGAGAGUGAAGCCUCGCUGUCCCUCGUCAAGGUCGACCGAACCCCCUCACUCGACUCCAACACCACCGAAGACACGGACGCCACCAUCCAGUCCAUCCCCGAGCCUUUUGACGAGCUCGUCACCCCCACGACCACCUCCACCGCCACCCCAUCCACUCCAACCCACCCGAUCCACCUCCAAGACAUCCACUUCGCCAGCGUCCCCAACCCUGUCCACCCCGCACCCGGUCAGCCACCCGAAACCAUCUGCGCGUGGUACACCUACCCCAUGCCGCCUCGGGAGGGCGUGUUCAUGGCUCCCCUUCCCCGACUCUCGCCUGUCAACUCUGGUCCGCCUCCUCCGCCACCCCCUCAUCAUCCAAUGGCUCCGCCAUCGCAUUUCUACUUCACCCACGACCACGCCUAUCUGGCGCUGUGCCAUCCCGUGCCAAUGCUGCCGUACGCAUGGCUACCCAUCCCGUAUCUGGCGUACUGGGGUCCGGAGAGGCUCGGCAAUCACCCGAAUUAUUACGAUGUGCCUGCGGUGAGUGCUAAAAUCCCCGAGGCUGCGUAG